AACUCCUGACUCAGUAAUAAUCCCAACUCCCAAGCUGAAUCCACCAACUUUACUUUUUCAUUUUUUUUGUACUGUUAACAAUUAAAACCCUAAAAACAAGAAAUGCAAUGUUCUAUCAUAAACAAAUUUCAUUGAAGUCACACUGAUCUCAACUCAACGGUUUGUUUAAACCGAAAAUCUCACCGGAAAGCCAGCCGGAGUCCUUUGUCGUCCGCCGGAAACUGUAACAAACUCCAUCCAGAUAAUUGUGUCGAAGUAGAUCAGAGCUCCACUUUGCACGGUGAUUCUUCAACGAUUGCACGCUAAAGCUGUUGCGAGACACGUCUCAUAGUAUAGAUUUUUGCUCUACCGUACAAAGAAUAUUGAAAAAAUGGGACGUCUAAAGCUGCAAACGGGUAUCAAUUCAAUAGAGGAGGAAGAACCUGAAGAAUGUGAUGCUGCCUGUCCUAGCAGAACAACUUUAUCGUGCAUGAUAAAUUCAGAAAUUGGUGCUGUUUUGGCUGUAAUGAGAAGAAAUGUAAGAUGGGGAAGUCGUUAUAUGUCAGGCGAUGAUCAUCUGGAACACACUCUUAUUCAGUCUUUUAAGGCAUUGAAGAGACAAAUAUUUUCAUGGAACCACCAUCAGUGGCAAGCUAUUAACCCUACCCUGUAUCUACAGCCUUUUCUUGAUGUGAUUCGGUCUGAUGAAACCGGUGCAGCAAUUACAGGCGUUGCUUUGUCAUCUGUUUACAAGAUCUUGACACUUGAUGUCAUUGAUCAUAAUACUGUCAAUGUUGAGGAUGCCAUUCACUUGGUGGUUGAUGCCGUCACUAGCUGCAGAUUUGAGGUUACUGAUACUUCUUCAGAAGAAGUUGUUUUAAUAAAGAUACUACAAGUUCUCCUAGCAUGUAUGAAAAGUAAAGCAUCUGUUAUGCUAAGUAACCAACAUGUUUGCACCAUAGUGAAUACUUGUUUCCGUAUAGUUCAUCAAGCUGGAAACAAAGGUGAGUCAUUGCAGCAGAUAUCACGGUACACAAUGCAUGAACUUGUUAGGUGUAUUUUUUCUCACCUUCAAGACGUCGACAACACAGACCAUGCAUUGGUUAAUGGAAGCUCUAAUCUGAAACAGGAGACUGGAGGAGGCCUAAAUAAUGAGUAUGCUUUUGGAAGUAGAAAGUUGGAGAAUGGCAGCAUGAGUUCUGAAUAUGAUAAUCAGCCGCUACCCUCAAAUUUUGCUUCUAAUGCUGCAAGUGUUGUGACAGUAACUAUGAUGGAUGAAAACACAGCGAUAGCUCUUACUGGCAAGGAGAGUGCAUCAUAUGACGUACAUCUCAUGACUGAACCAUAUGGUGUUCCUUGCAUGGUGGAAAUAUUUCACUUUUUGUGUUCUUUGCUGAAUGUUAUUGAGAAUAUGGAACUUGGUCCUAGAUCGAACACUAUAGCAUUUGAUGAAGAUGUACCCCUUUUUGCUUUAACUCUAAUCAAUUCGGCUAUAGAACUUGGAGGGCCUUCCAUUCACCGUCAUCCAAGGUUGCUAAGCUUGAUCCAGGAUGAGCUUUUUCAUAAUCUGAUGCAAUUUGGUUUGUCAAUGAGUCCACUUAUACUUUCAAUGGUGUGUAGCAUUGUUCUCAAUCUUUAUCACCAUCUUCGUACAGAACUCAAAUUACAGCUAGAAGCAUUUUUUACUUGUGUCAUUUUAAGACUUGCGCAAAGCAGAUAUGGGGCUUCGUAUCAGCAGCAAGAGGUAGCCAUGGAAGCCCUGGUUGACUUCUGCAGACAAAAGACAUUUAUGGUUGAUAUGUAUGCUAACUUUGACAGCGACAUAACUUGCAGUAAUGUCUUUGAAGACCUUGCUAAUUUGCUGUCAAGAAGUGCAUUUCCUGUGAACUGUCCAUUGUCUGCCAUGCAUAUUCUUGCUUUGGAUGGUCUUAUUGCUGUUAUACAGGGAAUGGCUGAAAGGAUAGCCAAUGGAUCUGCAAACUCAGAAUAUUCUCCUGUGAAUCUUGAAGAGUAUAUUCCAUUCUGGAUGGUUAAAUGUGAAAAUUAUGGCGAUCCAAAUCAUUGGGUUACUUUCACUCGCCGCAGAAAGUACAUAAAAAGAAGAUUGAUGAUUGGUGCUGACCACUUCAAUCGUGAUCCUAAGAAAGGUUUGGAGUUUCUCCAGGGAACACAUCUUUUGCCUGACAAACUUGAUCCCCAAAGUGUUGCCUGCUUUUUCAGAUACACUGCUGGGUUGGAUAAGAAUCUUGUUGGUGAUUUUCUUGGAAAUCAUGAUGAAUUUUGUGUUCAGGUUCUUCAUGAAUUUGCCGGAACAUUUGAUUUCCAGGAUAUGAACUUAGACACAGCUCUUCGUCUAUUUCUGGAGACUUUCAGACUGCCUGGAGAGUCACAAAAGAUACAUAGGGUGCUUGAAGCUUUCUCUGAGAGAUACUAUGAACAGUCACCACAUAUCCUAGCUAACAAGGAUGCUGCUCUUGUGUUAUCAUACUCAAUGAUAAUGCUUAAUACAGACCAGCACAAUGUGCAGGUUAAAAAGAAGAUGACAGAAGAGGACUUUAUCAGGAAUAAUAGGCAUAUAAAUGGUGGCAGUGAUCUUCCUCGAGAAUUCCUAACAGAGAUUUAUCAUUCAAUUUGUAAGAAUGAAAUCCGCACAACCCCUGAACAAGGUGUUGGGUUUCCUGAAAUGACACCAAGUCGAUGGAUCGAUUUAAUGCAUAAGUCAAAGAAAACUGCUCCCUUCAUUGUAUCUGGUUCCAAGGCCUACCUUGAUCAUGACAUGUUUGCCAUAAUGUCAGGCCCAACUAUUGCUGCCAUCUCUGUUGUAUUCGAUCAUGCUGAACAUGAAGAUGUGUACCAAACAUGUAUGGACGGAUUCUUAGCUAUUGCUAAGAUUUCUGCUUGCCAUCAUCUUGAAGACGUUCUUGAUGAUCUGGUAGUGUCGCUUUGUAAGUUCACUACACUUCUAAACCCAUCAUUAGUUGAGGAACCAGUCCUUGCCUUUGGAGAUGACAUGAAAGCAAGAAUGGCAACUGUAACAGUGUUCACUAUUGCAAAUAGGUAUGGUGAUUACAUACGCACAGGUUGGAGAAAUAUUCUUGAUUGCAUCUUAAGAUUGCACAAGCUAGGUCUUCUUCCUGCCCGUGUUGCCAGUGAUGCAGCUGAUGAGUCGGAGCUUUCUGCUGAAACUGUGCAUGGCAAGCCUAUUGUGAAUUCUUUAUCUUCAGCUCAUAUGCAAUCUAUUGGCACGCCAAGGAGAUCCUCAGGAUUGAUGGGUAGGUUUAGUCAACUCUUGUCUCUUGACACUGAGGAGCCAAGAUCACAACCUACUGAACAACAGCUUGCUGCUCAUCAGCGCACUCUUCAAACAAUACAGAAGUGUCACAUUGACAGCAUAUUUACAGAGAGUAAAUUUCUGCAAGCUAAAUCUCUUGAACAGCUUGCAAAGGCACUUAUUUGGGCCGCAGGUCGACCUCAAAAAGUUAACAGCACACCGGAGGAUGAAGAUACUGCUGUUUUCUGCCUAGAGUUGCUGAUUGCAAUCACUUUGAAUAACAGGGAUAGAAUAGGGAUUCUUUGGCCGGGUGUAUAUGACCACAUAUCCAAUAUCGUUCAGUCAACUGUAAUGCCCUGUGCCUUAGUAGAGAAGGCUGUUUUUGGACUCCUGCGCAUUUGCCAGCGAUUGCUCCCCUACAAGGAAAACAUUGCUGAUGAACUUUUGAGAUCUUUGCAACUUGUCUUAAAGCUUGAUGCGCGUGUCGCUGAUGCUUACUGUGAACAGAUUACUCAGGAAGUCAGCCGCCUUGUGAAGGCAAAUGCUUCUCACAUAAGAUCCCAAUUAGGAUGGCGUGCAAUUACAUCACUACUUUCCAUCACUGCUAGGCACAUAGAAGCAUCUGAGGCUGGGUUUGAUGCACUUCUUUUCAUUAUGUCUGAUGGUGCCCACUUGCUUCCAGCCAAUUAUGUUCUCUGUGUAGAUACUGCAAGGCAGUUUGCUGAGUCUCGUGUUGGCCAAGCCGAGCGAUCUGUGCGGGCACUAGAUCUCAUGACAGGGUCUGUCAAUUGCUUGGCCCAGUGGACUAGCGAGGGUAAGGAAGCAAUGGAAGAUGAGCAAAUGACUAAGUUAUCUAAGGAUAUUGGAGACAUGUGGUUGAUACUAGGACAAGGUCUAAGGAAAGUGUGUUUAGACCAGAGAGAGGAGGUUAGAAAUCAUGCUUUAUCAUCUUUGCAGAAGUGCUUGAUAGGAGCAGAUGACAUUUAUCUCCCAUAUGGCAAGUGGUUGGACUGUUUCGAUCUUGUGAUCUUCACUGUGCUUGAUGAUCUUCUCGAGAUUUCACAGGGACAUUCUCAGAAGGACUACCGCAAUAUGGAAGGCACCCUUAUCUUAGCAGUGAAGCUCUUGUCCAAAGUUUUUCUUCAAUCACUCCCAGUUUUAUCACAAUUAACUACCUUCUGCAAGCUAUGGUUAGGUGUACUGACGAGAAUGGAAAAAUAUAUGAAGGUGAAGGUUAGGGGGAAAAGAAGUGAAAAGCUUCAAGAAACAGUGCCUGACCUGCUUAAAAACUCGUUGCUUGCUAUGAAAAUGAGGGGUAUACUGGCCCAGAGGAGUGCAUUGGGUGGUGACAGUCUUUGGGAAUUAACUUGGCUUCAUGUGAAUAACAUAUCACCUUCAUUGCAACUUGAGGUAUUCCCUGAGCAAGAUUCUGAACAUUCACAGUACAAACAGGGUGAAUCAGUAGGAGGUUUGUUACCUGAUGAAAAAGUUUCCGUCCCUUCAAGUGAAAUCCCCAACCUUGAAGAUGCUGGCAUUGUUGGUUAAUGAGAUUCAAUGUUGUUUUCACUUGAAUGGGUUUUUUAUGUUCAUACUCGUACACACAACCCCUGAAGCUAAAAUACUGAUUAUUCAGAAGAAUCAUGUUCACUUGUUAAUUUUGUUUUGCUAAUGGUAGAUGCAAUUACAACAAGAAUUCUCAGGCGAAGAUUUUUGUCUGUCUAAUGUCUAAAAUCACAUCUCCAUAUGUUUGUAUGUCACUUCCACUUUUUCCCGCCUUACACAGAAGCUUCUCAUUCUUAAGAAUUAGUUAAAUCAGGUUUGUUAGUUUGUUGUCAAGGAGUUAAUUGUGUUGUAACAAAAAUCACAUUUUCAUCUGUCUGUCUGGCAUUUCUACUUUAUCCCGCCUUCCAUAGAAGCUUCAUGUUAUUAAAAGUUAGUUGAAUCAGGUUUGUUAGUUUAUUGUUAAGUAGUCAAUUGUGUUGUAACCGUGAAAGCACUACCUGAUUUGAGACACUGUAUAUGUAUAUAAAAAAGUUCAUCAUAUUGAAAUAAAACAAUUGUAGCAUUUUUCAGUUUCCUGAUUCAAA